GUUCAUCCUAAGUUCCACUAUAAACAGGCUCAUGACUCGGGCACAGACACUUCUUGCGUGACUUUUUCCUAUGAUGGUAAUGUCCUUGCCUCUCGUGGAGGUGACGAUUCAUUAAAAUUAUGGGACAUCCGACAAUUUAACAAGCCACUUUUUUCAGCCUCGGGUCUUCCCACCAUGUUCCCAAUACUCUUUUCAGCUUUCUCCUUAAUUCCUCUGGAAUAUCAGAGUGUUGUUCGCUGCCUGUGGCAUCCAAAGCUGAACCAGAUCAUGGUUGGAACUGGAAAUGGAUUGGCUAAAGUCUAUUACGACCCCAACAAGAGUCAGAGGGGAGCAAAAUUAUGUGUGGUUAAAACCCAGCGGAAGGCAAAACAAGCUGAGACUCUAACUCAGGACUACAUCAUCACCCCUCAUGCCUUGCCUAUGUUCCGUGAGCCCCGCCAACGGAGUACAAGGAAACAGCUGGAGAAGGACAGACUGGAUCCCCUGAAGUCGCAUAAACCCGAACCUCCUGUAGCAGGCCCAGGUCGUGGUGGCCGAGUUGGAACCCACGGGGGCACUCUCUCUUCCUAUAUUGUGAAGAACAUUGCUUUGGACAAGACCGAUGACAGUAAUCCUCGGGAAGCCAUUUUGCGUCAUGCCAAAGCAGCAGAAGACAACCCAUAUUGGGUUUCUCCAGCAUAUUCCAAGACUCAGCCCAAAACCAUGUUUGCCCAAGUUGAAUCUGAUGAUGAGGAAGCAAAGAAUGAGCCAGAAUGGAAAAAACGUAAAAUUUGAAGAAUCUCAUUUGAAAGCUGUUUGCAUGAGUGGGAGGGAUAUGGGACAGGUUUGAGGUUUUUUUUUUUUUUUAUGCUCUUGAAAUUAAAAAUUCAUUUUUAUGAA